AUCCAUUCUUGAAGCUGUCUUCUCCCUCACCCAAUAGCUUUUCCUAUUACAUCUUAAAGAAAGGCAUUUUUCCCUUUCUUCCAGAACUUUUCUCUUUCUAGAGUCUUUGCUAGCUAACUGCUGGGUAAUCAUUUUAAGACCAAUUGUUACUGUUCACAAUCAGGCCAGCUUCAGGUAUGUUCCUUCUUCUCAGGGGUAAAACUGGAACCUGCUUUCCUUUCAAAAAUGCCAGACACUUGCAUCUCAGGCUUGUUUCCCCCACGGAGAAAUGUGGUCCUCUCAGCCCUGCCCUCCUCUUCCUUGGGCUCUAGUAGAACCUUUCCACUUUAAAGGUUUUACGAGUAAAUCAGAAACUAAAUCGCAAAUGUCCCAUAAUCUUCACAAUGUUUUGGCACGUGAUCCAUCUGUAGAUCCCUUCCUGUAGAAGAGAGCCAGGGGGGCAUGGUAGAGUUGGGGUAUGAGAAAGCUGGCUAAGACAGCAUUUAUCUGUCUGGGAAUGGCAUUUAUCUUGGUGCAUUCCUACAUUCAGGAUCUGACUUCUGUGGUACCAAAGCCAAAGAGCUGAGUCAUGCUCACCAGAAGCUCAAGUAUGAAACCCAAGAUAACAAUGCUUUCGUUUACAAUGAAAAAUGCCAAGGAAAAUGGCUAUUCUUAUGCCCAGGCCCUCUGUCCUUGUAGGAACAAAGUAAAAUACUUAGUUGUGCGAUUCAAAUAUUUAAUGGCAUUGAUGGAAACAUGCAGGGAUCUCCGUUGCCAGCCAGUUUCUCACCCAGCAUGGUGUCUCCUCCUUUAGACAGGGGCCAGCCAGACACUACCUUCCCGGGGUUUUCCGGUUAAGUUAGGCUGUUAUUUCAGCAAAGGCUUGCACUGGCCAGAGGCUCAUUUCUGGUUUUACCCACUCUGCACUGGUUUCUGACAGAUUUCUUAGAGCACCACCUCUGUUUUCAAGCGUUUGAACACCUCACGGUGCUCUCCAGCGCGGCCCCGCACAUCUGCAUGCUAGACACUCCCAGUCCAAGUCCUCACUUCGCUCGCGGAGAGGCGCGCGGGCGAUCUGUCACGCACGGCCCCCAAUGCCAGGCGGGCUGGCACGCAGCAGACGCCCUCGGACUUGGAGAAGGCGCAGCGGGUGCCCUCGUCCUCCGCCCGGCGCAAUGCGGAGCAGCCUCGGCGGGCAGGCGCGGCUCCUCGCAGGCUGGAAGCCCUCCCGCCGACCCGCUCGGAGCCGCGGACCCUCUGCGAGCCGCGACCGCAGAUGUGGGGAUGAGAGUCGGAGCCGAAUUCCAAGCCCGGAUCCCUGAAUUCGAUCCAGGUGCUACGAAGUACACAGAUAAAGACAAUGGAGGGAUGCUUGUAUGGUCUCCCUAUCACAGUAUCCCAGAUGCCAAAUUGGAUGAAUAUAUUGCAAUUGCAAAGGAGAAACAUGGCUAUAAUGUUGAACAGGCACUUGGCAUGCUGUUCUGGCAUAAACAUAACAUUGAGAAGUCCCUUGCUGAUCUCCCUAAUUUCACUCCCUUUCCGGAUGAGUGGACAGUGGAAGAUAAAGUCCUGUUUGAGCAAGCCUUUAGCUUUCAUGGGAAGAGCUUUCACAGGAUUCAACAAAUGCUUCCAGAUAAGACAAUUGCAAGCCUUGUAAAAUAUUACUAUUCUUGGAAAAAAACUCGCUCUAGGACAAGUUUAAUGGAUCGCCAGGCUCGUAAACUAGCCAAUAGACAUAAUCAGGGUGACAGUGAUGAUGAUGUGGAAGAAACACACCCAGUGGAUGGAAAUGAUAGUGACUAUGAUCCUAAAAAAGAAGCAAAAAAAGAGGGUAGCACUGAGCAGCCAGUCCCAACUAGCAAGAUUGGGCUGGGCAGGAGAGAGUAUCAGAGCUUACAGCAUCGCCACCAUUCUCAGCGCUCUAAGUGCCGUCCACCAAAGGGCAUGUACCUGACCCAGGAAGACGUGGUCGCAGUUUCCUGUAGUCCCAAUGCGGCCAACACAAUCCUGAGGCAACUGGACAUGGAGCUGAUCUCACUAAAACGCCAGGUUCAGAAUGCUAAGCAAGUAAACAGUGCACUUAAACAGAAAAUGGAAGGUGGAAUUGAAGAGUUCAAACCUCCUGAGUCAAAUCAGAAAAUUAAUGCCCGUUGGACAACAGAGGAGCAGCUUCUAGCAGUGCAAGGUGUCCGAAAAUAUGGUAAAGAUUUUCAAGCUAUUGCAGAUGUAAUUGGCAACAAGACUGUUGGCCAAGUGAAGAACUUCUUUGUAAACUACAGGCGUCGGUUUAACUUAGAGGAGGUAUUGCAGGAGUGGGAAGCAGAACAAGGAACCCAGGCUUCUAAUGGUGAUGCUUCUACUUUAGGGGAGGAGACAAAAAGUGCUUCUAAUGUGCCAUCAGGGAAGAGCACUGAUGAAGAAGAGGAGGCACAGACCCCACAGACUCCUCGGACUCUGGGUCCAUCACCUCCUGCCCCAUCAUCCACUCCAACACCAACAGCCCCCAUUGCCACUUUGAACCAGCCUCCGCCGCUGCUUCGUCCAACACUGCCUGCUGCCCCUGCUCUUCACCGGCAGCCUCCUCCUCUGCAGCAGCAGGCUCGGUUCAUCCAGCCCCGGCCAACUCUAAAUCAGCCUCCACCACCUCUCAUUCGCCCUGCUAAUUCCAUGCCACCCCGUCUAAACCCAAGACCAGUGUUGUCCACGGUUGGUGGUCAGCAGCCACCAUCACUAAUUGGAAUUCAGACAGAUUCACAAUCCUCACUGCACUAAAAUUAAGUUGCACAGCGCUGCAGUAACUUCCACCCCAUCAUUAUACCAGUGCUUAUCUGACUGAUGCAAACAAGGAAAACAAAAUCCUUCCUAGAUUCUGAGGCUGCAAAAUUAUUCUGUGGCAGUGGACUAAUAUUAAGUGGAUGUCUAAGAAAUUUUUCAGUUCACUAAACUAAAAUGUUAUACAACAAAAAGCUUCCAGGUUACCCUCCUUUUUAGAAUAUGUAUUCACCAAUGUGAUCUCAUGAAAGGGAAAA